CUCAGAAUGGGGGAAGUUGGGAGCCGUCACCUCGUGUUUAGUAGCGUUGGUGUAGUGGUCGGGUGAACGCCGUCGCUUAUUUUUCGGUUCUUCUUCUUCUUGUAGGAUUUUUCAUAAGGAAAGUCCGAGAAGAACAGUAGACCAAAAUGCAAAGCACAAACCACUUCCUCAAAGCAGCCUACCAGGUGGGCCCCUGGCGGAUCACGAGGAAGGUCCUUCUCUUCGUCAUCGUCUUCUGCGUCGUCGUCGUGGGCUUCGGCACCCUCAUCCUCAAGACCCACAUGUUCAACGACGACUGGGAAGACUUCGAUUGGGAUGACGACGAGGACUGGGAAGACCGGAUUAGUGGAGGGGAUUCUGUCCUUCUUAUCAUCAUCGGUCUAGCAGGUCUGGCAGCCGUAGUCUCCUGCGUAGGAUGCUUUAUGGCAUCCUUCAACUCCCCAGAGCAGUUGCACAAUUCUGGAUCCGUUUUCACUCUCAGCGGCGUGAGCCAGAGUCCACCUCCGGCGGCUGCUUCAGCCCCUCAAGCGGUCACAAGGCAGCACCACAGUAGACCCCCGAGGAGCCACCGGGAGGAAGUCAAGUCGUACCCGCCCACUUCCGAAUACCCCCAGGGGCCCAGUUACCCUGUAAAUCCAGGAUACCCACCUCAUCCACCUCCCUACUCGCCCCCUGCGCCUGGAUACCCUUCUACGGCGAAUAUGGUUCACACCGGUGCCCCUCCCCCGCCUCAUACCAUCGCCGAUCUGCCUCCUCCAUAUACCCCAGGACACUAUCAGCCUAAUGCCAAGUAUUAGAGGGUAUUAGGGAAUUCGCUAUAAAGAUCGGACUUGUACAAAUUAUGUUGUCGUCAUUCUGUAUUCGAAAUAGCUUUCAAAAUUGCCCUGAUAACACCCAAUAUAUGCCAUGGACAGGCUAAUGACGUCAAAAGAACAGCCAUAACUGAUGGAGGAACGUCAGUUGUAGACCUAUAGGACUAAAACAUGAAAACAUUAAGAAAAUGCAUUUAUUUUUACAGAUGACUGCUCUGAGACAUGUCAUUCGAGGUCAUUUAAGAGGAAUUGACAUGGCGGAAGUAAAACAGGGUUAAAUGUAGAAAUAAUGUUGGGAAAUGUGACUUACGCAAUGCGUAAUUGGUGCAGGGAAUAACAGCUGUCGAGAUAUGGCGGCAGGAAGGCUGCCAGCAAUCCUGCGUGACAGGAAAUCUUAACAAAUAUUUUCAUCCUCUCCUGUUAUUCAUUAUUACUCUGCAAUUAAAUAUUUGAAUAAUAAAAGCUUUUUAGCUAAAGUAUAAAUAAUAAGAUAUUACAGUUCUGAAAAUUUACUUUUGUGAACAAAGAAUACUUACAACAUUGUCUUUUGAAGCAAUGGUACUAAGUAAGAUAACGCUAGUCUUAAGUAAAGUUUCUCGUGUAUAUAAUGAAAUAUAUAUAUUUUAUAUAUAGAUAUGUAUUGCAAAAAAAAAGUAUUUUAGUAGAUGCUUCAGGGUCUAUUCUUUAUAAGUACGUUUUAGUCUAAGGCGAUUAUUUACAGAGAAAAAAUGAAUGUUUGCAGGGUAUUAUAGGUCUUGUUCGUAUCUGUAAGUUAUAUAAAUGGAGGUAUAAUUUAACGUAAAUAUUAUAAAAAAAAUUAAUAACGAUGGAAAUAAUAAAGUAGAUAAAUAAAGCUAAAGAACAAUGAUAAGUGAUAAUGAUAAAAUCACAUUUAAAAAAAUAAACAAUAAUUAAAGUUAGCGUACAUGUAGGCCUAUAAUUCACAAGAAACGAUGAAUGUAAAAUGAUGUUUUUAGUUACCAACAAAAAUUUAACUGGGCAUGGAAAACUUAAGUUUUGAACAGUUACCAAAAUAAAAUAGAUACUACUUGAAAAGUAUUCUAAGUAACUUCCACUUAUUUAUGCACACUUUUCGACAGUAUCGCUUAAAAUCCACUUCAAGGAGUAAGUCCAGUGUUGGCAUUUUCUCCUGGAAGUGGAAAACUUUACUUUUCGUCUUACUUAAACUUGUAAUGUCUUGCAAUUAAAUAGGAUAUUUUUUUAUACAAAAUGAGUCUGUUGGUGUUGAUCUAUACUUAACUGGUGUUUGUGAGUGCUAUGAACUUUAUAGUACACUUUUUGAUAAUGAAGGAUUUUCGAGAAAUUGAAGAUAGUUUAUUUAAUAAUCUUUUUUAUCUUUGACAGUCCCAGACAGUUUGUUCUCGGUACAUUAUUAGACCUACUGAAAUAAUUAUAUAAAUAAAUAUUCAGGUUUAAUACUGAAUAUAGCUAAUUUAAACAAGAUUACAAAAUACCAUAAGUUCUAGUCUAGCCAGAAAUGCUUAGUUUCAGAAUAAUUUAAUUUGCAAUACAGAAGAAAUAUUUGAUGAGUAUUAUCGCAAUGUAAUGGAAAUUAUCUCUCUAAAAAGUGCCUUUGUUAAGGAUAUCUUCCUUAGGUCUAAAACACUAUGUUGUCCAGUAGGAUUAAGUAUUCCAUCAAUAGGUCUAUGGAUGGAUACCUAACUUUAGUGUGGUGUUGUAAAGGAGGAAGUACAAUGAUUUAUUUACUUUAUUUUUAUAAUUUCAAGGUACAUUUUGUUCUCAAAGUAGGCGAGAAAAAUUUCCUUUAUAUGGCACUCCUUACUAAAGAAAAGAACAUUUUAAGCUUUUAGGCUGGAAAAUGUAAUGUUUCGCUUUUAGUUUCUGUAAAAGAACAUUAUUGUGCCGUCUUUGCAUGUCCGUCCGCCCUCAGAUCUUAAAAACUACUGAGGCUAGAGGGCUGCAAAUUGGCAUGUUGAUCAUCCACCCUCUAAUCAUGAAACAUACCAAAUUGCAGCCCUCUAGCCUCUGUAGUUUGUAUUUUAUUUAAGGUUAAAUUUAGCCAUAAUCGUACUUCUGGUAGCUCUCUAGGUACUGACAAACAGCCCACCACCGCACCGUGACUGAGUUUCAUGUUCUGCGGCUAAGAGUUUUAUGGGUCGUGGCUGAGACCAACACCGGACAGAAAAUUCGACUGCGUCGAAGAAACUUCGUCGCAUUUUUUAUUUGUUUGUUUUCGCGUUAGUGACGUCCAUUUCCAGAGAUCCUACGAAAGUACCGAGAAGAGGAGGCUAUACGAAAUAUGCACCAGUGGCUGAUAUUUCUCUCUCUCUCUCUCUCUCUCUCUCUCUCUCUCUCUCUCUCUCUCUCUCUCUCUGCAACAUUGAAGUCUUUUAGAUUCGUUCCUGUUGGACGUAGUCUGAAUUAACGUGCAUAGUUUUAAUUAUCAUUUAUUUCAGAGAAGAUAUAAAGUAUUUCUCACUUUAAGCAACGUCUGAUAAGAUGAUAAAACAUCCCAUAAAGACAGAGACGUGUAACUUAGCCUAUCCUAGUCUAAAGAAGGGUUCUCUUUCUUAGACCAUUACCUUUCUUAGACAAAGGCUUCUUUUGUUUUGUACCUAUUUGAUGAUGGACUUUUCCAAUAAGAGUAUCAGACUCUCAACUUCCGGUGGAAGGAUGCUGCUCCAAAGACUAUGGUCACUAGGCCUAUAGCCUCUCCGGAGAAGGUUAUAGGUCUCAGAUUCUGAAUAGCUCUCCGUUUCUUAUCCUCUCCGGUGGGCAUUUGUAAUUAGUCUUUAACCGUUUAUCACUCUAUUUGGUAACAGUCCCCAUCUGAAUGGAAUAGUGAAUCACAGCAUGAAAUUAAAAUAGCAUGUGGUCUGUGAUAAGAUUAUUUGAUAUAGAUUUCGGUUCGAGAGGUUAUACUAAAAUAUCGGUCGUCUUCCUUAGAUUCUAUUUCAUCUUGAUGGUUUUUCCUUUACUGUUUAAAGGAAAAGUAAUUUAAUCGAUGCAUUAGCAUAAUGAUACAGAACUUGAAUUAAAUGAAAGCGAAAUUAUUCAUUAGAUUUGUUCAGGUUCGUUAGAAUGAAAAAUAGCGAGAAACUGAAUGACAGAUUGCUUUACAGUUUAGACAAGUUGGUGCGAUUAAUGCAUAGCUCCUGAAUAAUAAAAACACCAUAACAAAUUAAAAUGUUUAUGAAUCGAAGCCACAUUUUAAAAAAUCUUACUUAAUAAUAUAUAAGUUUAUUUAACUUGACGUCACAGUAACAACGUGCUUAAGAAUAUGAUUAUCCCUUUUCAGAGUAAAUAGAACGAAAAUAUUUGUUGUUGUUGAUGUUUGAUAUUAAGCUGGCCCUAGGCAAGCACGGACUCUUGCUCGUAGAACAACCUAUAAAUUUAAUAAGAUAUUUAAAAGGCUCCUUGUUUAUGAAAUCGCCCAUUUCCAGGGCCAGGAUUGAUAAUAACUGUAGACCGAUGCAGAGCGCAGGUGUGCUUAACAUUCCGCCCAGAUGACAGCGAAUAAUUUUGUGAUUAUUUUAUAUCAUAUAAACAAAUAAAUGGUGGUUAGCCAUUAAAA